UGAAUGAUUAUUGCUUGAAUAUUCAUUAGAGUUGCGAACUAAUACCAAAGUGAUAUUCGUAAACAAAUCCUGCGAUUGAUUUCAAGAUCAUCUGUAUUGUAUAGUUCAAGAACAAUGACUGACGCUGAUUUGUUCCGUUAUUAGGGGAGCAAUUUGAUGAGAAAUCGAUGACGAAAAGAUUCGAGAUUGUACUACUUGUAGCAGGACUAUUUCUCUGUGCAAUUUCAUGUGCCGCCCCGGAGGUAUCCGUAUCAUGUAUGAUGGCCUAUGACGAAGGCAGUGCCCCUGCCGUCUUGGAGUCUCCAGAGUGUCCUCAAUGGGGCCUUUCCUCUCGAUCUCACAAUGGAACGGGGAACUGCCAGUUUGCCACACUUCAGGGGCAUAGGGACUAUCAAGAGGAUCACAUCACGUGCAAUCUUGAAAUGAACAUCCGUUUUCUUGGAAAAGACGGGCCUAAGGAGGUUUUCGUUGGUGUGGCAGCAGUAUUUGAUGGUCAUGGUGGCAAAGAGGCUAGUGAGAUGGCUUCAAAGAACUUUUUGGAUUACUUUUUCUUGCAUGUUGUGUUCAACGCAUACAAGCAAGCAUUAUCUUCCAAAGGGCUUAACGCAGACAAAGCAGGGGAUUUUUGUUCAAAUCUUUUGAGUCCAGAUGAAGUUAUACCUGUAUCUGGUGAAGCAGCGAUGCAUGAUAUCCUGAAGAAAGCCUUGUUGAGUACAUUCCAUGAUAUUGAUACAGAGUUCUCACGGGAAGCUUUCGAUCACGGAUAUGUUUCUGGAUCCACUGGCACUGUUGUUCUCUUGGUAGAUAGUCAGAUGUUAGUUGCUAGCGUUGGUGAUUCAAAAGCACUACUAUGCUCAGCGAAAACUAAGAAUGCUUUGGGGAAUGAAGGCAUUCCAAGUAUGGUGCUUGAAGUGGAAGAGCUGACAAGAGAUCAUCAUCCGGACAGAGAUGAUGAGAGAGCCCGAAUAGAAGCUGCUGGUGGGUUCGUACGCUCAUGGGGUGUGCCGCGUGUCAAUGGUAUAUUAGCGGUGUCUCGAGCUAUUGGUGAUGUUUACUUAAAAAGGUAUGGCGUUAGUCCUGUGCCUGAAGUGAUAGAUUGGCGACAUUUAACUGCCAACGAUAGCUAUUUGGUAGUAGCAUCUGACGGCAUCUUCGAAAGUUUGAGUCCACAGAACGUUUGUGAUCUUUUACGGGAUGCAGAUGUCCAAGUCAAUGAGAUGUCAAAAAGCUCAGAUUCAUGCUCGUCCUCUUCGUCAUUGGCUGACUGCAUUGUCAAAGAAGCGUACAAGAAGGGCAGUGGGGACAACUUGUCAGCUAUUGUAAUUCCACUGAAGUUUACCGGUCUUUCCUAAGAACAUCUGUGGACAGAAAGGAUUGUGGAGGAUCAACCAUUUUUAGCUGUUGAAUAGCAACUGCAACUGAUCGAUAUUCGUCAAGUUUAUACCUAACAGAGCAUAUUUUUCUUUUGCUCUAGAAUUCAUUUGAGGCAGGAUUUUGCUAAUUUUUGAAGGCUGAUUUACCGUUUACGUACGGUACUUAAGUUUUUUGGUUCUUGUCAGUGCAGUGUAGAGAGAUCAAUUUCCUGCUGUAUCUCUACAAUUAGCGAGGGAAAGAAAGUUAACUUGUUCAUUUUUGUGACUGAUUUUUUUUCCUUGUCUUCUUCUCAGCCUUACAAAACAAACAAAAAUCAGAAAGAAUUGAGCUUUU